AUGCAAGUUGUUCGACGAUACUCUGACGGCGACCCUUACAACCUGCAGUCAGCAUUCAAGUCCGAGGCGCAGUUGAACGAGAUCAAGGCCAACACAUCACGCAAGCGAACAGGUGGCAAUGCGAGUGCCAACGCGGGACUGCGCGGAUGCGUGCCUGCACGAGACGCAUUAAAGGCUCGGAAGAUUGAGGGUUUCUACAAGGCGCAGAACGAAACGAUCGAGCGACUGCUGAAAUCCGUAGAGGAGCAUCGCGCUGAAGCGCAGCAGGCCCAAGGCGAUGACCAUCUUCGACACCAGAUUGCGGUAUAUGGCAGUUUCGCGGCAAACAUAAUCCUCUCUGUCUUACAGAUGUAUGGUGCUAUCUCUUCGGGUUCGCUUUCACUCUUCACGACUAUGGCCGACUCCGUCUUCGACCCUAUGAGCAAUCUGCUACUUAUCUUGUCAAACCGCGCAGUCAAGCGAGUCGACCCGAACAAAUUCCCUAGUGGCAAGGCGCGUCUGGAGACUGUGGGAAAUAUAUUCUUCUGCUUCAUGAUGACAGCCGUGUCCCUGAUCCUGAUCGCCUUUUCAGCCCAGGAGCUAGCCGAUCAUUCGAACGAGGGAACUACUAACUUCCACCUACCCUCGAUCAUUGCCGUAGCCAUUGCGUUCAUCACGAAAUUCGCUUUGUUCCUCUACUGCUGGGGUAUCAAGGACAAGUACAGCCAAGUCGAUAUCCUGUGGCAAGACCACCGCAACGACCUCCUCAUCAACGGCUUCGGUAUCCUGACUUCUGUUGGCGGCUCCAAGCUUGCGUGGUGGAUCGAUCCCAUGGGUGCCAUUAUUCUAUCCGUUCUGAUUUCUGGCAUCUGGCUGCGCACUGCCUUUCAAGAAUUCAUGCUUCUCGUUGGGGUGGUCGCUUCAGUCGAGACCCAGCAGCUCAUCACGUAUGUGUGCGUAACGCACUCCCCUCUGAUCCAAGGCAUCGACACCGUCCGUGUUUACCAUUCAGGCCCACGCCUCAUCGCCGAGGUCGACAUUGUCAUGGACCCUAACGCUUCGCUGCGGGAUACCCACGAUGUGGCUGAAGAGCUACAGUUUAAGCUUGAGGAUCUACCAGAUAUUGAGAGAGCGUACGUCCACGUCGACUACGAGACAACGCACAAGCCCGAACACUUUGUCAAGAAAGACCUUUAG